AUGGCACCCCGCUCUCAACUAGAGAUUGCUACGGCAUCUGUCCAGCGCUUGAUCAAGGAAGAAGCGUCCUAUCACCGCGAGCUACAGCAGCAAACGGAGAGAAUCAAGAAAUUCGAAUCUGGCGAGGGUGGGGACGAUGAGAACAAGGAGUGGACUCUGAAGCAGGAGCGCCUUGCCCUCGAGGAGACUAGGAAGGUCCUUCCGACCCUGAAGCAGAAGAUUGUGGAUGCGAUCGCUAAGCUUGAUCAGUCGCUGAUCGAGGAGGGCAAGAAGGGCGCCGAGAGCAAUGUCGAGCAGAUCAAUGCUGCCAAGGAGGCUAUCUCCCAAGCCAGAACUGCAGAGCGAGAGAUCUCGUAA